AUGUGGUGGAAGUCACGGCUUCGGCGUGGUGGCACUUCUAGGUGCAGACUCGCACCGCAUCAGUCAUCUGCGCCCGAUCCUGCCUCUGGUCUUCUAGAUUCGGCUAUGACACUGGGCUCAGUUUGGAGAGGAAACAUUGUAGUAGAUAUGGUGGAAGUCACCGUUCCUGUGCCCACCAUGCUGUGGAACAAAUUGCAGACAUCGAUAACAACCGGUGUAGCCACACUUUCUUUGAUUAAUACGCUCUUGGACUUUUUCUGCGAAGAUGUCACCUUCGAGCUUAUCCUCAAGUAUCUGAUGCCCCUGGGAGAUCAGCCGGCUGUGCGCAAACUGCUAUCAGAUCCAAACACCCUGUUGAUUUCAGCCAGCCAAUUCCUAACGCUUAUCCCUCCCUACCUGAAAUCCACAGGAGAUGGCGACUUAGACCUGGAUGAAGGUUAG